AUGAGUUCCGAUGAUGAUUCUUUUCUUUCUGCCAACGAGUUUUGUUCAUCAAAUGACAGUUAUUGCUCGUUUACUGAAACGCUAGGGGAUUUUGUGCGACGUAAAUUCGAACAACCUCGCUCCUUGUUUAAUGUUUGCCACAUUAAUGCACAAAGCGUACCUAGUCACUACAGUGACCUGACUGAGGCUUUCACUGACGCUGAUGUUCAUGCCGUCUUGAUCUCGGAGACUUGGUUUAAGCCCCAUCUUCCUUCUACCUCUUACCCUCUCUCUGGCUUCAGUUUGAUACGAAACGAUCGAGUUGAUAGGAGAGGGGGUGGGGUCGCUAUAUAUCUUCGUUGCGACUUCUCUUAUAAAAUUGUAGCUUCUUCUUCCCCUUAUUAUACUGCAUCUGCAGAAUUUCUAUUCCUUGAAGUUUGCGUAAAAGGAGCUAAAUUGAUUCUUGGUGUUGUUUACUGUCCUCCAUCCGUCGAUUACUUCUCCAGUCUUGAAACGAUUCUGGAAUCCUUGGGGUCCAAAUACUCACAUCACAUUAUCAUGGGCGAUUUUAAUACAGACCUCCUGACUCCGCACUCAUCCCGUUCCUCUAAGCUCCUUCACAUUGUCGAGUCGGUUGGCCUCCACAUUUUACCUUUACAAGCCACUCACCACAAUAUUGAUGUAGAGGAUACCUGGCUUGACUUAAUCCUUACCUCUGCUCCUUCCCUUGUCUUCUCCCACGGUCAGCACUUUGCACCUGCUUUCUCCUAUCAUGACCUCAUAUUCAUUUCUUACGUCCUAAAACCUCCUAAACCUCCAGCUAAAACUCUACACAUGCGUUGUUUUGGUCGCUUAGACGUUGAAAAACUUUGUAUGGAUGCAUCCAAAAUAAACUGGAACAGCGUGGUUUCUGCAUCCACUGUGGACGAAAAGAUAGAGGCUUUGAAUGAAGCUAUCCUUAGGCUAUAUGAUGUACAUGCUCCGAUUAAAAAAGUGAAGCUCAAGCGUCCACCUGCGCCAUGGAUGACGAUUGGGGUUCGAAUUGCGAUGAGACGUAGGGAUCGGGCUUUUGGCAAAUUUAGAAAAGAUCGAUGUGAUGAGAACUGGACUCUUUAUAAAGUUGCAAGGAACCGGUGCAAUCAGAUGAUACGCAACGCCAAACGCCGAUUUAUUCUUAGUAACAUCUCAUCUUCUUCCCCUGCUAAUAUCUGGAAGUUCCUUGGAACCUUAGGUAUCGGUAAACGACAACGUUGUGAGUUUCAGAAGACGAUUGGUCUGGAUGAUAUUAAUUUUCAUUUUGUCUCCAACAGUCCUCUUGAUCACCAGACCAAGCGUCUUACUAUUGAACACUUAAUGGGUUUACCUCGUCCCGAUAUUGAUCUCUUUCAAUUUUCUCCAGUAGCUAUGGAUGAGAUCAAGAAGACAAUCCUAUCCAUUAAAUCUAAUGCUGUAGGUUGCGACAACAUCAGCCGACGGAUGAUUCUCUUUAUACUUGACCAUAUCCUCCCUGUUAUCUCGCACAUCAUUAACUUCUCCUUGGAUUCUGGUGACUUUCCUUCUUUGUGGCGUCAGGCUUACGUUAUUCCAUUACAAAGGAUCACAAAUCCCACUCUACCCAAUCAUUUCCGACCUAUAUCCAUCCUUCCCUUCUUAUCCAAGGUCCUUGAGGCCUGUGUCCACAAGCAACUUUCGCAGUUUAUCUCCUGUCAUAACUUACUAAGUCCCUUGCAGUCUGGUUUUAGGCCCGGUCAUAGCACCGUUUCCGCACUCCUGAAAGUAACUGGUGAUAUUAGGGCAGGCAUAGAGGAUACUAAAGUCACUGUGUUGGUUUUAGUUGACUUCUCGAACGCCUUUAAUACCAUCAGUCAUGACCUUCUAAUUUCCAUCCUUUCCCUUUCAAUGGUCUCACCCGAAGCACUGGAUUGGUUUUCAUCAUAUCUUCGAGGUCGCCAGCAGUCGGUUCGCAUCGAUGAGCUAUCAUCUAGCUGGCUUUCAUAA